AGGGAAGAGAUUGGGUUCGCGUCGACUUGCUCUAUAUUCGAAGCGACCCAGUCAACACGGACCACCUAUCAACCCUUCUAUUCUAACUCUGUUUCCAGGAAAACCCUAGCGUCAACAUUGCGAGUCCUCGACGAUCAAUUAGCGAAAUUGAGAGGAAUAUUUUGCAUAGAAAGUCAACGACGAGCGGGAAAGAGGAGUACUUGAAUCGGAUUACGAGGGGGUGAGUGACUUCUCAUAGGAAAUGUCGUCGGAGAUCGAGGUCGUUGAGGAGGUGCAAUCGGAGAAUCGCGAGUCGAAUUUUGCGCCUACAGUUGAGGCGAAUGGAGGUGUUGGUGAUGACAGCUUGAGAAAUGAUGUGUACACGGCGGCUGCGUACGGGGAUAUGGAGAAGCUCCAGAGAUUGGUUGGGAGUGAGGGCUGCUCGGUUUCGGAGCCUGAUGGGUUGGGCUACUACGCCCUUCAAUGGGCUGCGCUUAAUAAUCGAACUGCUGCUGCUCAGUUUAUCAUUGAGCAUGGAGGAGAUGUAAAUGCUGUAGAUCACACUGGACAAACUGCAUUGCAUUGGAGUGCUGUUCGGGGUGCAAGUCAAGUAGCAGAGCUUUUACUUCAAGAGGGUGCUCGGGUGGAUGCUGUCGAUAUGUAUGGUUAUCAGACAUCACAUGUUGCAGCUCAAUAUGGUCAGACAGCUUUCCUCUAUCAUAUUGUCUCAAAAUGGAAUGCUGAUCCUGAUGUCCCUGAUAAUGACGGAAGAACUCCCUUACACUGGGCUGCUUACAAAGGUUUUGCUGAUUGCAUACGUCUUCUCUUAUUUUUGGAUGCAUAUAGAGCACGCCAGGACAAAGAGGGAUGCACUCCUCUCCAUUGGGCCGCUAUUAGGGGUAACUUAGAGGCCUGCACAGUGUUGGUUCAGGCUGGCAAGCAGGAGGACUUGAUGGUGACUGAUAACACAGGCCUUACACCAGCACAGCUUGCUGCUGAUAAGAAUCACAGACAAGUUGCCUUUUUCCUUGGAAAUGCAAGGAGGUUGCUUGAGAAACGUUGUGAUGGGAACAGCCGCCUGGGAAGACUUUCAAAAUUAGGACUGGCGCCCAUACUUUGGUUCAUAAUCUUGCUGCUACUGAUGACCUAUAUUCAUUCUGUCAUCAUGGCAUCAAAUCUGCCAAAGUUAACAGGUGGAUUUGGCCUUUUUGCAUGGUUGGGUGUUUUCCUAGCAACUGCCGGACUUUUUUUGUUUUAUAGGUGCAGCAGAAAGGAUCCAGGUUACAUCAAAAUGAAUGUGCAUGAUUCGCAGAAUGUCAAAGACGAUGAACCUUUGUUGAAGAUUGAGAUAAACAAUCCUGCUUUAUCAGCUGGAAAUUGGUCUCAGCUCUGUGCAACUUGCAAGAUUGUGAGACCUCUUCGGGCAAAGCACUGUUCUACUUGUGAUCGUUGUGUUGAACAAUUUGAUCAUCAUUGUCCGUGGGUAUCCAAUUGCAUUGGCAAGAAAAACAAGUGGGAUUUUUUCCUGUUUCUUGUGCUAGAAGUUUCUGCGAUGUUGAUAACUGGCACAGUGGCUCUUUCAAGAGUUUUGAGUGAUCCUUCAGCUCCAUCUGCAUUUGGAUCAUGGAUAAACCAUGCCGCCAUUCACCAAACUGGUGCUCUAUCGUUUGUAAUGGUUGAUUUCUUCCUCUUCUUCGGUGUGGCAGUUCUAACUGUGGUACAAGCUUCUCAGAUAUCACGCAACAUAACAACAAAUGAAAUGGCAAACGCAAUGCGAUAUAGCUAUCUCCGAGGUCCAGGUGGUCACUUUAGAAAUCCGUAUGAUCACGGUUUCAGGAAGAACUGUUCUGACUUUUUGAUUAGAGGCUACAAUGAGGAUGUGGAAUAUGGUGAAGAUUCAGCACAUUCUGAGGGGAUCGGGUUGAUGAAUAUGUCAAGAAACUCAAACUUGCAAAACGGAGAUACCCAUUUACAACGUGCAAAUGGUGAUGGCCAUGUUGCUAUCAACAUGGCCAGUAAAAUCCAUCAGGGUCAUGUACAUUCAUCUCAUUGCAACCACAACAAUGCUGGGAAAUCAAAAACCGAUGGCGUCCCAUUAGGCUUAGGUCUUGGCCUAGGCCGGAGUUCCACUCGUUCUGUUUCAGCUUCAUGACAUUGUGUUUGUCUGAGACAGACAAAGAUGAAAUUCAUGUUUAAUGUGUACCAUAAGCACACAUCAGAUGUAGCUGCUUGUAAUCUAAUUUGUUGUCUUUAUUCUUAAAAGGUGCUUGGUUUACAUUCAAUUUCUGUUUCAGAAUUAGGCUGCAGUGUUUUCGUUCUUUGAAAUUACUCGAGUGGAAGAGAUCCAUCGUCAAAUGUAAUAGUUUUUGAAUGGAAGAGCCGAUCUGCUAUAACUCUGUAUACCCAGGAAGCCGCCAUUGAGAGAGACAAUCCACUAAGGACCUCCAUUUUUGUUCCA